UGUAGCAGCUGCCAUGUUUAGCUGCUUUGUUGUAGAUUUCUUGUAGGUUUCCUGCAGAUUUUAAGUGUUGCAAUGGAACCGAGCUGGAGUACGUUUUUAUUUCAGCACUUGGUUUGGAGUGGACAUUCUCUUGACGCCCAGACCGAACAGGCGAAUGAAGCCCUGCAUCACCAGCACCAGGUGGCCCAGAACAGCCUGCUGCCCCUGCUCAACUCUGGGUCCGACCCGCCGGACCAGAAGCCCGUGCUGCCCAUCCCGCUGGACCAGAAGCCCCCGGUCAGCGUGGCCGAGCUGCUCAAGGACAACGUGGCCAGCGGGACGGGGGGUGGGGGCGGCGGAGGGGGAGGCGGAGGGGGAGGGGGCGGCCUCCCCCCCCACGUGGUGGUGAAGAAGGAGCCCAAGACCAAGACUCCCUUCAUCUGCGGCUACUGCAACAAGGCCUUCCGGGACAGCUACCACCUGCGCCGGCACGAGUCCUGCCACACCGGCGUCAAGAUGGUGUCGCGGCCCAAGAAGGUGCAGACGGCGCCCACCAUGGUGCCCCUCAUCUCCUCCGUGCCCCGGGAGAGCGGCGGGGGCGGGGGCAACCCCUCCUACAUCUCCACCAUCGCCGGGAUCCUCACCACCGCCACCACCUCGGCCUCCACGGGCUCCAGCAUCAUGUCGGCCACGCCCAUGGCCGGCGUCCCGCAGCACCAGCACCAGCACCAGCACCAGCACCCGCACCAGCACCAGCCUCACCAGCAGGGGGCGCCCAAGAAGCCGCCCAAGCCGGUGAAGAAGAACCACGGCUGCGAGAUGUGCGGCAAGGCCUUCCGCGACGUCUACCACCUGAACCGCCACAAGCUGUCGCACUCGGACGAGAAGCCCUUCGAGUGCCCCAUCUGCCAGCAGCGCUUCAAGCGCAAGGACCGCAUGACCUACCACGUGCGCUCGCACGACGGCGGCGUCAACAAGCCCUACAUCUGCUCCGUCUGCGGGAAGGGCUUCUCCAGACCUGACCAUCUCAGCUGCCACGUGAAGCACGUUCACUCCUCAGAACGACCCUUUAAGUGCCAAGUAACGGCUUGCACAGCCGCCUUUGCCACCAAAGACCGACUUCGCUCCCACAUGAUCCGGCACGAGGGCAAGGUCACCUGCAACAUCUGCGGCAAGAUGCUGAGCGCGGCCUACAUCACCAGCCACCUGAAGACGCACGGCCAGUCCAGCUUCAACACCUGCAACAAAGACACUAACAGCGUGUGCAACUCCGCCUCGGCCACGCCCGUCACGGCCUCGACCGCCAUCACCACGGCGAUGAACCGCGGCAACAUCAGCAGCAACCCGGUCACCAUCGCGGCGCAGAUGAGCAUCGCCACCAACACGGUCAACAUCACCUCGCCCGUCAACCUCCAGCACCCGGUCACCAUCACGGGGCCGGUCAACAUCGCCUCGGUCAACAUCCCCGCCACCGCGCCCAUGAACCUCGCCCACCCGGUGGCCAUCACCACGCCCAUGCCCAUGAACAUCACCGGGCCCCUCAACAUCGCCAUGAGGCCCAUGGAGAGCAUGCCCUUCCUGUCCCAGGUCCUGCCCUCCUCCCCUCCCUGGUAAAACGACGGAUAAAACGACAACAACAAC